UAAUUACAUUCAUAAUUACAAUCUCUCGUAAUACUGUAAUAUUCUUUCGAUUUUCAAUAAUCUCUCAGAUUUCUCGUUACUCAAUCAAACAAUCUCUCCCGGAGCUCUAUGGAUUCCGAGCAGGAGGAAUUGAAGCUUAUGUCACUCAUAAGUCAACUAUACGAUCUCGGAGACAUUGUGGAGGAUUUGAAUAAUUGUGAUUCGGAUUCCAUUCAGAAGUGCAUAUCACUUAUUAUUCAAAUAAUCACUCUCGUCAGAGUCAGCUCGACGGAUUUAGAAUCGCUGCCAGAACAACCGGAGUCAAAACUCAUGUCACUCAUUUCUCAAACAGUCUCUUGCUUCAAAUCAAUGGAUAUGGAUUCCCAACCAAAACCGCUGCAAGAUUUAAUACAACUCAUAUCUGUAAAAAUCUCUCUCCUCGACUCUACAGAUUCGGAUUUGGAGCCAGACUCCAAUUUGAAGCUCUUGACACUCAUUCAUGAAACAUCUGAUCUAGAGCCGGAGCCGGAGCUCAUAUCACUCAUCUGUCAAAUAUUCUCCCUCGUCAAGUCGGAGUCAGAGCCGGAGCCAGAGCCAGAGACAGAGCUAGUACCGCUCAAAUCACUCAUCUCUCAACUAAUGUCUAUCAACAACGUCCGCAAGGAGGACCCGCCGCCUAUUGAAGGCGUCUGUAAGGAGCCGGAGUGGGAGUUAUUCACGCCACUCGUUACACAGCUAAUGUAUCUCUUUAGCACAAUGGACUUGGAUUCGCAGCCGAAGCAGCGGAAGUGUGAGUCUCAGCUGAUGUCACUCAUUAAGCAAAUAAUCUCUCUUCUCAACUCUAUGGAUUUGGAUUCCCAGCAGAGGCUCAUAUCACUCAUUUCUCAAAGAUUGUAUUUCUUCAGUCCAUCGGAGACAGAGUCGGAGCUCACGUCACUGAUCUCACUCAUCCCUCAAAUACUCUCCCUCGCCAUCUCUACGGAUUCAGAAUGGGGGAAGCUUAUUUUGGUAUGCCCUCAAGUACAAGUAAGUGUGGUGGAAGAAAAUUUUCACGUGGAUCGACAAGUCUCGUGGAACACCGAUAACAAGUGGAAGUGUCUCCCUUUAAACUGGGAGAAAUUCAGGCUAGCAGGAGGAAGAGAAGACGACACCCACUUUCUCUGCCGAGGUUGCAAUGGCGAGAACCAUGGAGAAUAUAACAAGGCUCCACUCGAGAUCAAACACCAUCUUCACCCUAAACAUUCUCUCCAGCUUGUCUUGUUUCGCAAGUCUGAGAUUAAAACGAGGGAUUGCUAUUGCUGUGAUAAAGAACUCGAUGAGAUUUUUUAUUAUUGCUCGGCUUGUGAUUAUGCUAUGAAUAUUGUUUGCGUGGAGAAACCACCAGUCUUGUCCAUUGACCGUUCCAAGUGGCAUCGUCAGCAUCCACUUGCUCUGUUUCCGAGACUCACUUCCUUGACAUGCAACCUAUGUGCAUUGUCACAUUCAAGAUGUCCUUUCUACAUGUGCCCCCCUUGUAACCUCGUGGUUCAUCAAAGUUGUAUCAGCUUACCACGUGUCAUUAGGAUAUCUCGCCAUCCUCAUCGUAUCUCUUUUACGUCUACGUUUGACCAAGGAGAUUGGUCUUGUGGUGUUUGUCGCAGAAACAUCAACAAUAAAUAUGGGGGCUUUACUUGCAACAAGGACGGUUGUUCCUUUGCGGCUCACUCGAAAUGUGCCACACAAAGCAAUGUGUGGAAUGGUGUAGAUCUUGAGAACGUGCCAGAAGAAAUUGAAGAAGAAGACGUUGAGCCGUUUGUGAGGAUAAGCGACGGAAUCAUACAACAUUUCCGUCAUCAGCAACAUCAUUUGAGUCUUGAUAUGAACACGGGCAGAGAUUACGACGAGAAUAAGCAGUGUCAAGCAUGCUUCACCCCAAUCUAUUUCGGUAAUUUCUACUCAUGUAUGCAAUGUGAUUAUAUUCUCCACGAAAACUGUGCAGAACUUUCUCGCAAAAUACAUCACCCGAUACAUCCACAUCUGCUCACUCUAGUUGGAAGUUACAACAGUGAUAUAGUCUGUACAGAACGAUGCUCAGCUUGUUAUGGGUUGUGCAUAGCUGAAUUCUUCUAUAAUUGCGGUAAAACUGGAUGUGACUUUCAGCUGCACGUGCCGUGCGCUACAAUUUCCGAGCCAUUGAUUCAUGAAAGCCACACACAUCCUUUAUUCCUAACAUCCAAACCAGGGGAGCAGAGAAUUUGUUCGGCUUGCAAAAAUGCAGAGUCGUGUGCCACAACGGAAACAUUCAAUUGCAUUGAGGAGUGUAACUUUGCUUUGUGUUUUGUGUGUGCUACUUUACCUCAGAAGGUGAGGUAUAAGCAUGAUAAACACAUUCUCACUCUUUGUUUUGGCAAAGAGAUAAGUACUUUGACGUAUUGGUGUGAAGUUUGCGAGGGAAAAAUUAUGUCCAAGGAACGGUUUUAUAUGUGUGAUGAGUAUUGUUGUGUCACCCUACACAUUAAAUGCAUGCUUGGGGAGGAUUUAUACAUGAAGCCUGGUUCAUUGUGGAACCACUACAAUAGAAAAGUAAGUGUUCUGUCCAACAAUCAUAUGUUUCGACCUACUUGUUCAAACUGUAAGAAACGCUGUCCACACAAAACAGUUUUAGAAGAGCAUGGAUUAAUAUUUUGUAGCCAACAUUGUUGGCGUUUAUCUCUGCAUUGACCAGAUAGCUUGAUGGACAUUGUUCUUGUAAGAAAUAUUAUUGAAUUUUUAUUGUGUUGUA